ACUCGGCUCGGCUGCCGGAACCGCCGCAGCACCGGGAGCGGCGCGCAGCGCGGGCGGACGAGAGGGCCCAGCUGCCAUGGGGAGCCGUGGUGCCUGGGCACAGCCGCAGCUCCUGGCGCUGCUGGCCGGCGCCUGGCUGUGGGUGGGAAGCGCCCAGCCCACCCCCCCCGGCCCCACGCGCGGCCCUGGCCCCGCGCUGAAGUUUCGCCUGGCUGGCUACCCGCGCAAGCACAACGAGGGCCGCAUUGAGGUCUUCUACAACGAUGAGUGGGGCACCAUCUGCGACGACGACUUCACGCUGGACAACGCGCACGUGCUGUGCCGGCACCUUGGCUUUGUGGCUGCCACCGGCUGGGCCCACAGCGCCAAGUACGGCAAAGGCGUCGGGCGGAUCUGGCUGGACAACGUGAACUGUGGUGGGGGCGAGAAGAGCAUUGGGGACUGCAAACACCGGGGCUGGGGCAACAGCGACUGCAGCCAUGAGGAAGAUGCAGGUGUCGUCUGCAAGGACGAGCGCAUCCCUGGCUUCAAGGACUCCAACGUCAUUGAGACGGAGCAGAGCCAUGUGGAGGAGGUGCGGCUGCGGCCGGUGGUGUCCGGGGCCAGGAGGCGGCUGCCGGUGGCGGAGGGUGUCGUGGAGGUGCGCUACAAGGACGGCUGGGCGCAGAUCUGCGACGAGGGCUGGGACAGCAACAACAGCCGCGUCGUCUGCGGCAUGAUGGGCUUCCCCGCUGAGAGGAAGGUGAACAGGAACGUCUACAAGCUGUUCACGGAGCGGCAGCAGCUCAACUACCGCCUGCACUCGGUGUCGUGCACGGGCACGGAGGUGCACCUCUCGAUGUGCGCCUUCGAGUUCUACCGGGGCAAUACCUCGGCGGCCUGCACGGCCGGCAUGCCCGCCGUCGUCAGCUGCCUGCCUGGGCCCCUCUUCGCCACCGGCAGCGCCCACAAGAAGAAGCAGCGGCAGCAGCAGCAGGGCCAGCAGCCACGGAUUCGGCUGAAGGGUGGCGCGAAGGUCGGGGAGGGUCGCAUCGAGGUGCUCAAGAGCAGCGAGUGGGGCACAAUUUGCGAUGACCGCUGGAACCUGCUGUCAGCCAGCGUGGUGUGCCGCGAGCUGGGCUUCGGCAGUGCCAAGGAGGCGCUCACCGGAGCGCGCAUGGGCCAAGGGACGGGGCCCAUCCACAUGAGCGAGGUGCAGUGCUCGGGCACCGAGCAGUCCCUCUGGAGCUGCCCCUUCAAGAACAUCACGGAGGAGGACUGCAAGCACUCAGAGGACGCGGCCGUUCGCUGCAACAUCCCCUACAUGGGCUACGAGAACCUGAUUCGGCUGAGCGGGGGCCGGAGCCGCGCGGAGGGGCGGGUCGAGGUGGCGGUGGGGGCCGGCGGCGGGCAGCCCCGCUGGGGCCUGGUCUGCGGCGAAGGCUGGGGCACGCUGGAGGCGAUGGUGGCCUGUCGCCAGCUGGGGCUGGGAUUCGCUAACCACGGCUUGCAAAUCCGCCUGUCUGGCGGCCGGACGGCGUCCGAGGGCCGCGUGGAGGUGAAGCGGGGCAGUCAGUGGGGCACGGUGUGCAGCGACGGCUGGACCACCAAGGAGGCCAUGGUGGCCUGUCGCCAGCUGGGGCUGGGCUACUCUCUGCACGCCGUGACGGAGACGUGGUACUGGGAUGCCAGCAAUGUGACGGAGAUGGUGCUGAGCGGCGUGAAGUGCGAGGGCCACGAGAUGUCCCUGAGCCACUGCCAGCACCACGGUGCCAGCCUGAACUGCAAGAACACGGGCACACGCUUCGCUGCUGGUGUCAUCUGCUCCGAGACCGCCUCCGACCUGCUGCUGCACGCCCCACUGGUUCAGGAGACGGCUUACAUCGAGGACCGGCCGCUGCAUAUGCUGUACUGUGCCGCGGAGGAGAACUGCCUCUCCAGCUCAGCCCGCCUUGCCAACUGGCCCUACGGGCACCGCCGCCUGCUCCGCUUCUCCUCCCAGAUCCACAACAACGGCCGUGCUGACUUCCGCCCCAAGGCGGGCCGGCACUCCUGGGUCUGGCACGAGUGCCACCGGCACUACCACAGCAUGGACAUCUUCACCCACUACGACAUCCUGACACCCAAUGGCACCAAGGUGGCGGAGGGCCACAAGGCCAGCUUCUGCCUCGAGGACACGGAGUGCGAGGAAGACGUGGCCAAGCGGUAUGAGUGCGCCAACUUCGGGGAGCAGGGCAUCACCGUGGGCUGCUGGGACCUGUACCGGCACGACAUCGACUGCCAGUGGAUCGACAUCACUGACGUCAAGCCAGGAAAUUACAUCCUGCAGGUCGUGAUCAACCCCAACUUCGAGGUGGCGGAGAGCGACUUCACCAACAAUGCCAUGAAAUGCAACUGCAAGUACGACGGGCACCGCAUCUGGGUGCACAGCUGCCACAUCGGUGACGCACUCAGCGACGAGGCCAACAAGCGGUUCGAGCAGUACCCAGGUCAGCUCAACAACCAGAUCUCGUAGGGCCCCAGGCCCCCAGGAGCCCCGGGGAGACGGACACCAUCUCCUUCGCCCCAUGCGCAUGGGAGGAAGCUGCUGUGGGGCCAGCGGGGAGGCCUCAUGCCCCGCAGCACCGCAGCCGUGACGCGCGCCCCAUGGGACCUCCGAGUCACGCCGGGACUGCCCAGGACUUGCCAGCCAUGCGGAGCUGGUGCUGGAGACACUGCACGCACCAUGCACCUCCCAGCCUGGGGCUGCCACUCCCAACCACUGCCGGGAGACACGGUGCCCCUUCCCCUGGGCUGCGGCACAUGGGUAUGGUCCGGAGGGGCCCUGCACACCCCUCCCAGCCCCCCUCCCACACCAUCACGCACCCCCUGUUCCCUGGUCACCACCAUCCCAGCAGCAUCUCCCUCCCUUGGCUCCUUUUGCCUCCCCCCCCAGGCCCUAUCUGCCAUCCCUGGCUUUGCCCUCCGCUCCCUGCCUCCUGGGCACAGCCCCCGGCUGCUGCCUGCUCCUGCCCCUCACGCAGGGACCCCUGCCCUGUGCACAGUGCCGAGCGGCUGCCCCCAACGUGCGGGAGGCUCUGUGGGGCCCAGGGAUCCUUCUCUGCUCACCUGGGGACUGUGUGGCUGCCCCUGCCCUGGCAGUGGCUCCCACACCUGUUUCUUAGUUGUAAUUUUAUUUUCUCUAUAAAGUUGUCAAUUCUA